AAACCAAGCUUGAAGCGUAUGCUUUCCCUGUAAGGCGAGAAUUAUUAGUACAUGGAAGUUUAAACCAUGGGCGCCGCUAUAAUUAUCUAAAUAAAAGUUCGAGACAAGCCUCCUGCUUGGUAGAAACCCUAGGGCUGCGUUUUAACGACGGGGGACGAUGGAGUUCUCUCAAAGCGACUUUGAUCGGCUUUUGUUGUUCGAGCACGCUCGUAAAACUGCUGAAACACAAUAUGCCGUUGACCCCCUGGAUUCUGAGAAUCUAACCAAAUGGGGGGGAGCAUUGCUCGAAUUAUCUCAAUUUCAAAGUGUUCCAGAUGCAAAGAAGAUGAUAAAUGAUGCCAUUUCGAAGUUGGAGGAGGCAUUGACCAUAAAUCCCGCCAAAGGUGAUGCUUUAUGGUGCAUAGGAAAUGCCCACACGUCAUAUGCGUUUUUAGUACCUGAUAUUGAUGAAGCAAAGGUGUAUUUCAAUAAAGCAUCUGAAUAUUUCCAAAAAGCAGCUGAUGAGGAUCCAAGUAAUGAGCUAUACCGCAAGUCGUUGGAAGUUGCAGCUAAGGCUUCUGAGUUGCAUAUGGAGAUCCAUAAACAUGGAAUGAGUCAGCAGACAACAGGUGGAGAAUCGUCUACUUCCUCUAGCAGUAAGAGUUCCAAGAAGAAGAAGAGCAGUGAUCUCAAGUAUGACAUAUUUGGAUGGAUAAUCCUUGCGGUUGGAAUCGUUGCUUGGGCAGGGAUGGCAAAAUCCAAUACUCCAUCUCCUCCUAGAUAACCAUUUUCUUGGCAUGUCUUUGAGAUAACUAUAUUGGUAGCUCUUCUACAAGCUUGAAAUUUUUAGUGAAAGUCUCUCCCAGCUUGAGGUGGAGAAGAGUAACUUAUGCAUUGUGGCAUCCACAUAUCAAUCUUUGACUACUACUGUUCAUUAAUUAAUUUGGUUAGCGUGGUUAUCUUCAUAUGCCGAUUGUGUUUUCCUAGUGGACUUCAAUUUUCGGGAUCUAUGUACGGUGUUGAUUCAUCUGCAUGCAAGGCUGGUUCAGUUUUAUGUCGCUUCAUCCAUCUUGUCUCAUAAAAGGUAUCUUUGUUCAUGAACUCAAAGAAAGUUACUCGGUUCUCUUUCUUUAAGGAUUUGCAAUACAGAUUAGAAAGAUAUCUUAGCAAGAGAUUGUUCGAAACA